UAGCAAAAAAAUGAAUAUUUUCAUAGCCAUCUUCUCCUCCCUUCUCUUCUUCUUGUCAUUCUCAUACCUUGCAAGCAGCAGCAGCAGCAGCUCCUCAGAAAAUUGCUUGCAGGAGGAUGUUUGCUUCAAGGGCGAGCCAAACAUUAAAUUCCCGUUCGGGAUAACAAAAAGCCAGCCACAGUCAUGUACUUAUCCGGGGUUUGAACUAUCCUGUGACAUCACCAACCAAACAAUCCUCAACUUCCCAUAUUCCGGAGAUUUCACUAUCCAAGGCAUAGACUAUGCGGAACAACAAAUAUGGAUCAACGAUCCAAACAACUGCCUCCCACAGCGAAUUCUGACGCUCAACCUCUCGGCCUCUCCAUUUCACGGCUUGACAAACGAAACCUUCACGUUCUUCAAUUGCUCGCUGGAUUAUUUGAAGUACAAACUCAACCCAAUUGCUUGCCUGAGCGGUUCUACGUACACGGUUUUUGCUACCACUUCUACCAAGGUGAUUGAUUAUUUGUCGUCUUCGCCCACAUGCAAUCGAACUGGUACCUUUGUUGUUCCGGUUGAUGUUCCGUUGUACGACGAGGUUAUGUCGUCGGACCUGACUGACCAUCUCCGGCUGACGUGGGACAUGCCCGGGUGCGGCAGGUGCGCGGCGCGUGAUGGCCAGUGUGGGUUCAAGACCAAUUCAAGUCACCAAGUUGUUUGCUCAAACCUUCCUCAACGAGGAAUUCCAAGGAGCGCCCGGUAUGCCAUUACUGUGGGUGUUGGAGUGCCAGCAAUCUUGUGCAUUUUGGGGCUUUUAUGUUGUGUAUGUAGCAAGAUCAAGUCUUUCACAAGGGGACGCAGAACUCUGCCGGAAUUUAAUUCCAUAGUGGCUCCACAACCCACUGUCGUUAUGGGCCUCGAUAGGCCCAGGCUCGAGGCCUACCCGAAAAUCAUCCUUGGCGAAAGCCGACGACUACCAAAGCCCGACGAUAACACGUGCCCGAUAUGCUUGUCGGAGUACCGGCCCAAGGAGACAUUGAAGACCAUACCCAAAUGCCAACAUUGCUUCCAUGCUGAUUGCAUUGAUGAAUGGCUUCAAAUGAAUGCUACCUGCCCUAUUUGUAGGAAUUCUCCACCAUGACACCAACC